GUGUUGUUCAUGCUUUUGCUUGGAGCUGCAGCUGGCCACAAUUCCAGAAGCGGGCAGGCACUCAGAACUUUGGUAAGCAUUGCACAGACGCAACUAUGCAAUUGUGCCUCGGAAGGAUGGUGGAGGCUUCAGCGCUUAUCUGUUGCCAUUCUGCAAUGGGUGGUCUUCCCCGCCUACGUGGGGCACUUGGUCCUGUGCUUUCUUUGUGGUCCCGUACUUCACCUUUCGCAGCAUGACAGAGCCUCCAUCAUGAACGCCAACCCCCUCAUCUCACUUGUCAUGCAACUCUUCAUUGGCUAUGUGCACUUGUGGGGCUUUGCCUUCAUGGAAGGGUGCAUUGCAAGUGUUCUGCUACCUGAAGCAAUUCGGCGUGCAUCAGUCAACUUCUUCGUGGGAGCUAUCAAUUGCCAUAGGCGACUCUUCGGCACCAUGAGCGAGGAGGGAGGGGCCAACGACUCUUUGCCAAUGCCACCACAUUGGGCUACUCUGAAGUUGGGUCUUGUGCACGUUGCUUUGCAUACUCCAAUGGUUUUCACUAUGUGGUACAUGCCGGCAUAUCUGCUGGACAGGCUUUUCGGCGACGCUCUCUUUCCAAUUCUGUUGGAACAUGCAGGUGAUGCACUUGAAGGCUUGCACAGAAGAGAUCCAGUUUUCCUUAGCACCAGCACAAGUCACAUGUCGCGAACCAGCCAAGCAGCGCCAGGCAAAGUGUCUGCUGGAGAAGGGCAGUCCUUGUUCGUCCUUGAGCUGUUGCAGCUUUACGUACUGGUUCUGCAGUGUAUUCGCAUAUUAGAGACUUCUCCUGUGAUGACGAAGCUCAUUUCAGCUCUGUUGCGAUGUGGACUGCGGUUUGUUGGCCUGGGACACUUCUUGGUUGGGGAGCCUGCUGCAGCUUCGUCAAAUGAGCCUUCGACUGACCCUGAUUUUUCCAGAGCUGAGUGCUCGUCCAAGGAGAAGCGCCCAUGGGUGUAUUGGGCGACAUGGGGCAAAGCACUGGGAGUGGCGGGGAUACUGGUCUUGUGCUGCUGGUCUGUCAUGGCCCUCGUCAUGGCUCUCCCAUUGGCUCUUGGAAGGCUUAUCGUACGUUGCAUUUUAUCUUCCCAGGCCAAACCAAUCUCUGACUUUCUUCCCCUCAGCAUGGGUGUGGUGGUUGCAUCAGCAUGGGUCCUCGUGAUGGUGAAGCUUGGAGAGGCGCUUCCCAGGAUUCUGGAACAGGCAUCUGCACUAAGACGGCGCAGGUUCUUGCACAUUCUCACCUGUGGUUUGUCUGCUUUUGGCUUGGUCCUUGCUGUGCUGCUGGUUCUACCUCUGGGAUUUGGGACUCUUUUGCUCAGGCUGCUUCUGCCUCUCAAGGUCCAGUCUGUUCUCCAGGUUCCAAUUGUUUUCCUUGCCACAGACUGUUGGAGUGUGGGCUUGAUCCUCACGAAGGUCUUGUGGCGCUUGGUGCAGAGCGACAUGAUCAUGCACAGAUUGCACCAAGAGAUCAUGUCGGUGUGGAACGAGGCCCAAGGCUCACUGACCUACCUUUUCUUCAACUUGCGAUCGCAUUGGAGAAUUUGGAGGACUGCAGUCUUGCCGAUGCUGGAGGCAAUUGUGUUUCACUUGGUCUUCCCACUUACAGCGGUGCUGACCUUGCUACAAUUCGCUGGAGCUGGUCAGGAAUACCUCAAAGCUGCUCUUCUGAUGUACUGCUACCACAUCGUGCUCGUUGUGCGAAUCACGCUGUGUGCCCUGCCGAGAGGCCGGACGUGGCUGCGUGAGGUGCGGCAGCAAAUAUUUGAUAGCAAAUACUUGAUCUCAACUGAGCUGCAGAACUACCACCAGGAAACUGAUUCUCCUGAGUCCAAGGAGGAUUCCAGCUAGACCCUCCUGCAUGAGUUGGCAGCAGACUGUACAGUCAGUUGUAAAGUACCAUUUGAUAUAUCGAGUAAUGCAAUGUUUGUAUGGAGGAUCACGUUCUUGCUUUUUAUCACUACUGCACAGCAAACUUGUGGCUUUUGGAGAACUCCACGGAGAUUGGAACCUUCCAUGAGCUUCUCAGCAAUAGACCUGUUCGUUUCAUUCUUUGGCACUCAACCAAAACGGCAUCCGCUUGUGUUUUCGCUUUUUACUUGCCAGUCCUUUACGGAUCAACAAUGCAUCUACUUCAGAUAUAUAAGGACCUACAACCCUUUCACAUGCCAUUUAUGCAACAGCAAGG